AAAUUGUGUAACUGUGAGGAAGGAGAAGAUUGAAUAGGUGAAAUUGUGCUAGGAAGGAAUUCGAGAACAGAACUCUGAGGAUUUUUCCAAUGGAGAAACAACGGCGGCCGUGCGCCGCCUGUUUCAGAGAUCUUCUUUCCUGCUACUCUCCGGUCCAUCAGAUGAAGCAGUACUAUAGGGUUGGGGUUCUUGACAAUUGCUAUGAUAAAUGGAGUGCUCUUUCUGACUGCUUGAGAUCCAAAAAGGUGGAGGGAAACAUAAAGAAGCCUCACAUCUGGACUUUUCGAACUCCAGAAGAAGCAGGACGCCAUUGGAAUCUGCUCUUUGGCCACAUUGUCAAUAAGAAAAAGAGAUAAAGUUGCAGUCAGUAGUAGUUUAGCUGAAGCAAAAGUAAUUUUUUUCCAUUGGUAAGUUACUGGUUUUCUUUUAUUGGAGGGAAUGAAUUCUUAACUUGAGAUGGUGUUAAUCGUUUAUUCCAUCUUAAAGUAAGGGUCAUUUUCUUCUGCAAGAAGAGAUCACUUUUUCAGUUCAACACUUGUGUUUAUUUUUUAAUCAUACUUUUCUGAGGGGCU